AUGGAGACUCACGCAAUCGACCCUUUUCUGACACAGCCCGAUCGCUUGGUACUGAACAUUCUGCUACAGGAUAUCCAGAAUGCGAGCAAGUCCAGUGGCGGAAUCUCUGCCUCAGAGAAAUCAGGUCUUGGAGGAGACAAAAGACAACAUGCUGAAGAUAUAUCACUUUUAGAAGGGCUUAACGACGAAACCAACAGCAACUUCCAACCGACUGUCUUCACGGGCUGGGAUCAAGACGACUUUCAACGCCUUCCUAAUUCGAUAAAUAAAUAUAUUCUCGAACCAUACAUACGAUGGGCUCGAGGAGUGGUCCGCAGGCAAACGGAUGUCGUUUUUCUUACACACAUCAUCAUCUAUCUCACCACGUCGGUCCCAAGUGCUAUUUUCCUCUAUCUUCACUUUUGGUGGCCUCAUGCGAUCUGCCAUUGGGUUAUGCAGGGACUUUAUUGCGGACCAUUCACUCUUCUGCUCCAUAACCACAUUCACAACAAUGGCGUCUUGAGUAAAAAGUAUGCUUGGUUUGAUAGAGCGUUCCCGUACAUUCUGGAACCACUCAUGGGCCACACUUGGAAUUCAUAUUACUAUCACCACGUUAAAUGCCACCAUGUCGAGGGGAACGGCCCAGAAGACGUAUCCUCCACAAUACGAUACCAGCGUGACGAAAUUGCCGACUUUUUGAAGUACUGGGGCCGUUUUAUGUUCUUCACCUGGAUAGAACUUCCUUUGUACUUCAUCCGGAAGAGAAAGCCACGUUUGGCCUUCGAGUUCUUUUCCUGUGAGGUUGCUUCUUAUGUGUGUAUGUACAUACUGGCUAGGCAGAAGUUCUAUCCAACCUUGUUUGUAUUGAUAAUUCCUUUUGUGCAAAUGCGAAUCGGAUUGAUGGUUGGCAACUGGGGUCAGCAUGCCUUGGUGGAUGAGAAUGAUCCAGACUCCGACUUUAGGUCAAGCAUCACCUUGAUUGACGUGCCGAGCAAUCGAUACUGUUUUAAUGACGGAUGGCACACGGCACAUCACCUUAAUCCACUUCGCCAUUGGCGUGAUCAACCACUCAGCUUCCUUAAGGCAAAGAGCAAGUACGAGAAUGGACAGGCUCUUGUGUUCCACAAUAUCGACUACAUGAUGAUGUUCGUCAAGCUUAUGCAGAAAGACUACGACUAUCUUGCUCGGUGUCUGGUGCCAAUAGGAGACCAGAUCGGAAAGAGCAAUCAAGAGCUGGCGGCUAUGUUGAGGUUGAAGACGCGAAAGUUCACAAGUGAUGAGAUUCAAAGGAAGUUCAUUAAGCGCAGGAGGCAUUAGAAUCAGAGAUUCGUGGAGGAACAACAGAACUCCAAACUAAAAGGCGGGAAAGUGGCCCAUUCUUGCAAAAGGCCAAGGCCGGGCCAAGCACCGACUGUCGUAUAAGCUCAUAUAGUGGACGGGCCACGGCGUUAGGGUUGUUAGGGAGCAGCCUUAGGGACUACUGUAGCACAGACUACUUUAAUUAUCC